GUUUCCCUUAAUAUGGCAUGACAGUUCCUGUUACGUGUGCCAUGGCUAUGUUUGUACACUAACACAAUGUGCUCAGACACGGGGACUGCAAUGAAAUAAACCUCAGGAGCCUUUUAAUAAACAAAACGGUCAGCGCGAGCAUGGAGCCAGCCAGCCUGGAGAACCUGCGCGUGCUGUAUCACAGUCCUGACUUCAUUGUGGUCAACAAGCACUGGGACAUCCGUAUCGACAGCAAGAUGUGGUACGAGAAGCAGACCGUGCAGAGCCAGCUGCGACACCGCUUCCCUGAGCUGGCCGACCCUGGUACAUACUACGGAUUCAGGUUUUGUCACCAGCUGGAUUUCUCCACCAGUGGAGCGCUGUGUGUGGCCCUGAACAAGGCUGCUGCUGGGAAGGCGUACCGCUGCUUCAAGGAACGCCUGGUGACCAAGGCCUACCUCGCUCUGGUCAGAGGGUUGGUGGACUGUGGCAGGAUGACUCUGGAUUUCUCCAUUGGUAAAAACACCUCAGAGGGGAAGACCCACAUGAUGUGCAUAGCAGGAGCGGAGGGCUGUGAGAACCCCAAGCCGUGCCAGACGGAGCUUCAGGUGCUGGAGUAUGGCUCGUACAGUGGAGACCCGGUCACCAAAGUCCUGCUGCAGCCUCUCACUGGCCGGACACACCAGCUCAGAGUGCACUGCAGCGCAAUCGGUCACCCCAUCGUGGGCGACUUCACGUACAGCCUGCGGACGGACAGCGCCCCCUACCGCAUGAUGCUGCACGCGUACCUGCUGCGCAUCCCGCUGGACCCCGAGCCCGUGGAGGUCACCGCACCGGACCCCUUCCUGCCCUCGCUCGACCCCCACUGGGCCCCUCAGAGCCAGCUCUGCACGUUAGAGGCUGCCCUGCUGGGCCUGCUGCAGCCUGCCGUGGGGGAGGGGGAGGGGCAGAGCCCACGGCAUUCUGGGAUAGAGAAGAGAAAGAGCCCCCCAGUGGAGACGGAAGAACAGAUUGCCCAGUGCCAGCAGUGGCUGUGUGAGUGGGGUAUGGACUGAACACACAGACACAGACACACACACACACGUGUGCGCAUACACACACAUACGCUCAUACACAAACUUGCACACAGUGGUAGAUUUCCCUUCCUCCUGCAGCUCUAGAUCACUGCAGUUAUUUCCCAUUUCUCCCCCUGUGAUGUGAAAUGGUGUCUUUGCCUUUUACCCCUCCUGGGGGUGGGGCAGUAGGGUGGAGCUGGGCAGUGCAGUGGUGUUGGGCAGACCAGAGCAGGGCGGAAUGGUGUAUCAGUGUUUAUUCAACCUCCUCAGCACCAGGACAUUGCUUUUUAAUAUUUUAAUCAGCCUGACAUCAGAAGUUGUUGACUAUACUGUACAAAGUACAUAACAUAUGAGGACAUGUGAAUAAAUGGGUCAUGUGCAAGCUAAUUUACAAAACUAUAUUUUGAAACACAGUGGCCUGUGUUGACAAUUUUAUAUUUUAGGCUAAAGGAAGACCAGUUAUGUUGGCAUGUUUGAGUGAAAAUGAAAGGUUUCUGCACACAACGCACACGUGCCUGAGGGUGUCAUGUGACCUUUUUUAUGGGCUGUCUAGGAAAGAGACACUGUACGCAUGCCUGGCACCUGUAUCCAUCAUUCUUUGUAAAUAUGUCUGGUUUUUCAGAAAUUUAGAAGACGAUGUAAUAUAAACAAUUUUGGAAAUAGAGUUUGCAAGCAGCCUUGGAGGCCUCUAAUCCCUGUUCAACCCAAUAAACAUCCCAAAAUGAUUCAAAACUACAUCAGACCUACAACCCGAGUGCGAAGUUUGGAACUUUUAUAACCAGCGCUGAGGAAGAAAUGGCUGAACACCAUGUAUUCGCCAACGUGACCCAACACUUUUAAUGCCAAUACUGGCAAUAAUAAACAGCUUCCUUUCCUUUGAGCUUGAAAGCCAAGUUAGUGGCAGCUGUUAUACUCUAAUUAGUAUGGUAGUUUACAAAAAGCUUGCAAAAGUUUUAACUUAUUGAUAGCAUGGCAGCAACCAAUAGCUAAUUGUGAAAAAAACAAAUAAUAACCAAGCUAACUUGCAUGUUAACUAAAGCAGGCAUUUAAGUGUUAUUAACGACAUGGUAAUCAUGUAUUUAGACCAUGUCUCAGGCUCUCAAUGAAGCUCUGUGGUGUGAGAGCUGGUAAUCGUUCAGUUUGUCAUUAUUAAGUACUGUUAAAUACUGUAUCUGUGGGAUGACGUUUUUAUGUUAGCCAGUCUUGCACAAGUUUCAUCAAGCUAGCUGUUGGUUUCAACUUGUUUGUGGGCGUGCUAUCUUGGUAUUCUAGACAGUUUUUUUUUAAAUUGCUGAUGGUUUCACUUUCAGAAUCUUUUGCUAUGCAUUAUGGGUAUAGGUGCCUGAAGAGUCCCCAUAGUCUUGUUGGUGGGUUUAUUUAAACUUGGGUGCUUUCACUUGGUGCCAUGCAGUCACUCCAGAGACUGUCAGAAUUGUAGAUUGGGGGGUUUUCAUUUGGCUGAGGCGCAAUUUGAACAAAUAUAACUUCAACACCACAAAAUUUUCAGUGUUAACAUAGAGAGCUGAAUAUCUGGUAAGUACAUAGAGUAUCUGUGGCCAUGUAUGGUGCAAGUCUGCUGGCAGCUUUACUUGUCAAACAUGCAGCUGGGUGUGCCUUGUUUUGGCAAGCACCACGCUUUGUACACUUUGUAAUGGGGCUGAUGGGAUGGGAGUCCAUUGUUCUCUCUGUGGAGUUCUCUGCUCGCAAUACUGCUGCUUUGUGAACAAGUCCCAGAUAGGUGGUGACUUGUGGUUGCUGUGGGAGGAGCUUGUGUAACCUUGUGAUGUCACUGCCUGCGUGGCUUUGACAUGUGCUGGAGUUCCUGCUCAAUUCUGCCAGCAUCUCAUGCCUAUUCAGACCCCGUAUCCUUAAGAAAUGUACAGAAAAUGGAGUUCUGACUGAUUAAACAUCAUGUUGGGGUUAUUUUUUAUUUUUUGCACCAAUGAUUCAUUGAUAUUAAUGUCUGGGUGGCCAUCCUGUUUGCUAAUCAGUCCUGUGAUGUCAGCCCAUCCACAUGACAGAUGAGUCAUGUGGCACUACGUGGACUGGGUCUGUCAGGCUUGAAGGGGAAAAGGUCACAGUGACACUCAAAGCUAAUGUCUUACCAGCAUGCAGACGUUUACCUGUCUCCGUCACAUAUGGGGACAUGCAGGAGGCAGAGCUGUGUUUUUCCUAACUCUGUUUCUGUGGAAACCCUCAGUGUAGUUUCGGUGUUAAAUGGUAUUUGUGUUCUGUUGUACGGUGCAGCUACGUAUUGUUAUUUGACCUUUUUUAUCUUCAUUUGUACAUGUGAUGUGUCUGAAUAUUGUAAUUUAUUGCAUUUAUACAUUUAAAUCAAUUUUAAUUUGUAAAGUAAAUUAAACCCAAUUAUAAAUACCAUUACGUGUGAGCACAACGAUCUACAGGUUGUUCAGUUUUAAGUUACGAUUCUUCAUUGUAGUUUAAUGUUCCAAAGUGUUGUGGUGAUAGUAUAUGUGGAGAGCUGUCAGCAUCAGUACAGCCACUAUUAUAACUGUACCUGCUACAGACUCUUCAGAGAAUGAUCUCUCAGCAUAUGAAUAAUGACCAAAUAAAAAUACAAGAAACAAAUAAA